AAAAAAGUUAGUUGAUUAGUAAUCUUGUAAUACCAAACUUUGCUUGUAGUCAUGUUUCGUGAUUUAGGUCUUUAAAAGUUUUACUGGGUCAACAAAGAUGCCAAUACCUGGAGCUUAUAGUUAUACAUAGUCCUUAGGAAUCAUGUUUAGAAAUUAAUACAAGAUGCUGAAAUUUCUAACUAAGGGAGAAAUUUGCAAGAAAUAAAAAUAGCAUAAAAGGAAGGUCCAGGGCAAAAAUGUGGGAUGCAGAAACCUCCAAAAAAGAAAAAGAAAAUGUGAAAUUCAGAGUUCUCUUACAGAAGUUAAGCAUUGUCACUCCAUGGUCAAGGUGCAUGAGUGACACGAACAGUCCCUUCUUUUAAGUACACAUGCGUGUCUUGCAGCAUUACAUGGACACAUGAUGCAUGAAAUUUUCACAAAUGACAGGAAUAUUGGAUGCAAAUCCCUUGAAAAAAUAGUCUGAAAUGUAUGAAAUUUAAAGAAAAAAAAUUAAAUUAUUUUGAAAUGAAAAGGUUUGACCUAAGUUCAAAGCAAAAACCUUUGUGGUAAGGGCAUUACUGACAAUAAAUGAAAAUUGCUGUUUAAUUUAAAGAUUACAGUAUCUAGUAUAUACUAAUACAUGGUUAUCUUUGUGUACAAUAGGGUAAGACUUGGCUCAGUCAUGUCUAUUUUUCCUCAGUCUUGGGGAGUAAUGUUGAUAGCAUGCCCAAUACUCAUGUUGGUAAUGGUCAUGUCCUUAUUUGUAAUCAGCCCACAUUGGAUUGAAAGCUACAGGCCAUGUGAAGAGACCCUCAAGUUACAAGAAAAUCUUGUAAAUGAACUUAGUGACAUUCACCAACAAUUGCAGGAAUUCCUCCUGUUGAAAAAGGAACCAUCGAAAGAAUUGGCUGAGCAGUUAGAAGAAGUUAUAAAACAGCUUGAUAGAAAGGAAGCUGUGGAAAGUGUGGGCAACAAUGAUACUAUUUUGGAUGUGUGUCCAGAAGUUUACAAGGGGACAAACUUAAGCUCCCUUGAGAAUGUUUGGGUGAUGACCAACUGUACCAAUGUUAAACCUCUUGAUUCUGUUGUAAGUGUUCUGGUCAACACUGUUGCAUAUCCCAAGCAAGAUGAGGGCCAUAUUGAAACCAUUAUAAAAGGCAUAACAGAGACUUACCCAACAGUUCAGGUCUAUUUGGCAACAGGAAGUGACAAUGUAAUAAAAGCUACCCGAAAUUAUAAAAAUGUUGAUGUUGUUUUGAUUGAUAAAGCUCAAGUAGCUAAGGGAUGGAACAUUCUGGUAAGGAAAGCCUCUACUCCUUAUGUACUGGUUGCACGUGAUGUGUUUCACUUCACAUGGCUAACACAACUUGAGAGGCAGAUUCGUGUUAUCAGUCAGAUACCAUAUGUUGAAGUUGCUGGUGGAUCAUACCGUAACUUCUCUGGUCACUGGAAAGCAGGAUGUGUCCAAACUACGAUGAAGAACUACGUCUUAAAGUACCAAGAGGGAUACUUGCACUCAAAGAAUGAAUGCAUGUUCUGUGAUUAUCUUCAGGGACCUUUUGUAACCAAAACAAGUCUGUUCAAGCUUGAUGAGAUGCUUCCAAAUGAAGUUUUGUUUGAAGACUGGUUUUCAAGUAUUGUUCAGAAAGGCAGCUUAGUGAUGUCAUGCCCAGAUGCUAUGUAUUUUACAACAGAUUACUGGUCGUAUUCCAAGAGAACUGAUAGAGAUGUUUGGACCCCUUUGGCUAAGAAAUGGCAACUAAAUAAAGUGCUUCUGCCAGAAGGGAUAAAGCAUUCCUUCUCUUGUAAAGACAUUGAAGUUACUUGCGAACCUGACCAUGAACUACUCCCUUUGUGCUGCCUAGAAUGGUAUGCUGAUGCCUUGGCAUUUUUUCAGAAUUUUACUGAAGCUCACAAUCUAACAUUUGAACUUGAUUGUGGUUCUGCAUUGGGUGGUGUCAAGUUCAAAGGCCUUAUUCCUUGGGAUAUAGAUGGAGAUUUGACUUUCCUUUAUACUGGUAUGAACAUUUUUGGUGAAAAUAGAACAAUUGAUUAUUUCCAGAACAAUGGGUACAAGUUACUGAGUUUUGAACCACAAGUGCAAGGAGGUAGUGCUGGAUAUGUGAAUGUCCAUUUCAAUGGGUUUGGUAUGGAAGUAUGGGGAAUGGGUGACCUGACAAAUACAAGAUAUCUCCCCAGUGAACUGCAGAAAUAUGAAACAUAUACAAAAGCCAACAUUGAAGGUUACUGGAUUAAUACACCAUUUUCUCCUGGUUUGUUCUCAAGAAAUCGCUAUGGAAGAGAAGUGCUUAAACAUUCUCAGUCCUGGCGUAGGACAGCUUCUAAAGACAGUUGGAUUAAUUAUAAGUCUGGUAGGUUUAUGCCUUGUGAGAGGUCAAGUGGUUAUGGUUGUGUACAUGAUUUCCCUGCUGAUGGUAACAUCCCAUUUUCAAUAACUUAACCACUUUCAUUUAAUAAUGCAGAGUGUUUGACAGAUGAGAUUUGUCCUGAUAUUGGACUGUCAGAAGUCUCUAGCCUGAAUUAAGGGGAGAUCACCAUGGAAUACAGGGAAGAGUUGUCAUAUUUUUCACUAUUAUUAUUAUUUAUGGGAAAUAUUUAAACAGGCUUGCCCAGUUCAACUUAAAGCUGGUUUACAUGGGGGCCUUUUACAAACAGGUACAUGAAAACCAAUUAGCUGAGGAGUAAGUCACAUGUAGGGGUUUAGUUCAUGCAGUUCACAACAUUUGUUGAGGAGUUUGUUCUACAUGUAGGUUGGUACUCUACAUCAGCUUUUUACCUAACAUCAGAACCUUUAAGAUAGUGGCUUCAGUAAUGGCUAGGCACUAGCAAAAACACUGCUUUGCCCUGCUGCUAUCCAAGUCUAAAGAAACGAUGACUCUUCAGCAACUACAGUAUUUUAGUUUCUGCUCCAAAAAGUUGGAAAUUUCAUCUCUCUAACCCUUAAACUCCCAUGAGUGACCAAGACAGAAUUUUUCCUUACAACAUCAAUACAAUAUCAAGCAGACAAGUGAUGCAAAUAAAGAAAAAUAUUAAUCAGGGGAUUAUAAGUUGAUCUAAGACCAAUUUCUCCAAACUAAAAUCACAAGAACUGUAUGGUAGACAGUAAGGAGAAUUACUGAUAAGAUCUUGGGAGUUAAAGGGUUAAUGAGGAAUUUCAAAAUAAUUCAGGGAAGUACUCCUGGGGAUCUUCUUUGAAGGUAGGGGGAGGUGGUCAAAGCUGUUUCACCUAGUGUUAAUUAUGCCCAGAUGCCUCUACUGCUUCAAACCUUCAUUAAACCCUUGUUAAUAUAUUUAAUUUAAUCACCAAUAAAUUCACUUUUAUGUAGAGUAAGUAACUGAGAGAGUGACAAUCCAUCGCAGCUUCCAUAAUCUGAAAGAAUUAUGUAGUUCUAGUCACACUUGGGACAGGUUGUAUGCAGCUUGUUUGGUAUUUAAGAAGUUAUUUUUUUUCUACAAAAAUUGAAUUUAUUUAAUAAAAAUUUACAAAAGCAA